CGAGGCUGCCCUCCACCACCGGCAAUCCCAGUGUGCACCGCGGACAGAGCAGCAAAAAAAUAGUCCGCUAACGAAAGGCUGAGAAAGGGAACCAGAAGAGUGUAUAGCUCACCAAGCUAAAUCCACGAGUUAGACUGUAUUUAUCGUAACCAGAACCCGCUAACAUGGCUGACAACGAGAAACUGGACAACCAGCGGCUGAAGAAUUUCAAGAAUAAGGGCCGUGAUUUGGAGACUAUGAGAAGACAGAGGACUGAGGUAGUGGUGGAACUCAGAAAGAACAAAAGAGAUGAGCACCUUCUGAAGAGGAGAAAUGUGCCCCACGAGGACAUCUGCGAGGACUCGGAUGUCGACGGAGAUUUCAGAUCGCAAAACACUUCUCUUGAAGCAAUAGUACAAAAUGCCACCAGUGAUAAUCAAGGCAUCCAGCUGAGUGCUGUUCAGGCUGCCAGGAAGUUGUUGUCCAGUGACCGUAACCCUCCCAUAGAUGACCUGAUUAAGUCUGGGAUCCUUCCUAUACUGGUCCACUGCCUGGACAGAGAUGACAACCCAUCUCUCCAGUUUGAGGCCGCCUGGGCUCUGACCAACAUAGCAUCUGGUACUUCAGAGCAGACCCAAGCUGUGGUCCAGUCCAAUGCUGUGCCGCUGUUCCUGAGGCUGCUUCGCUCUCCUCACCAGAAUGUGUGCGAACAGGCGGUCUGGGCCCUGGGCAACAUCAUAGGUGAUGGCCCUCAAUGCAGAGACUAUGUGAUCAGCCUGGGUGUGGUUAAGCCCCUGCUCUCCUUCAUCAGUCCCUCCAUCCCCAUCACCUUCCUCCGCAAUGUCACCUGGGUCAUGGUCAAUCUGUGCCGCCACAAGGACCCUCCACCGCCCAUGGAGACCAUCCAGGAGAUCCUGCCAGCUCUCUGUGUGCUGAUCCACCACACUGAUGUCAGUAUCUUGGUAGACACGGUGUGGGCUCUGUCCUAUCUGACGGACGCUGGGAACGAGCAGAUCCAAAUGGUCAUCGACUCCGGCAUUGUCCCUCAUCUGGUACCUCUGCUCAGUCACCAGGAAGUCAAAGUUCAGACCGCUGCCCUGAGGGCUGUUGGGAACAUAGUCACUGGCACAGAUGAACAGACCCAGGUGGUGCUCAACUGUGAUGCUCUCAGCCACUUCCCUGCACUCCUCACACACCCGAAGGAGAAAAUCAACAAGGAGGCGGUGUGGUUCCUGUCCAACAUCACAGCAGGCAACCAGCAGCAGGUGCAGGCCGUCAUUGACGCCAAGCUAGUUGCCAUGAUCAUUCACCUGCUCGACAAGGGUGACUUUGGCACUCAGAAGGAAGCAGCCUGGGCCAUCAGCAACCUCACAAUAAGUGGGAGGAAAGAUCAGGUGGCCCACCUGAUUGAGAAGCAGGUGAUCCCGCCGUUCUGCAACCUGCUGACCGUGAAGGACGCCCAGGUGGUGCAGGUUGUUCUUGACGGCCUGAGCAAUAUCCUAAAGAUGGCCGAUGAUGAGGCUGAAACGAUUGCUAACCUCAUUGAGGAAUGUGGAGGUUUGGAAAAAGUGGAGCAACUGCAGAAUCAUGAAAACGAAGAUAUCUACAAAUUGGCAUACGAAAUUAUUGAUCAAUUCUUCUCAUCUGACGACAUUGAUGAAGACACCAGCCUGGUCCCAGAGGCCAUCCAAGGUGGAACUUACGGCUUCAACUCCGCCAACGUGCCAGCCGAGGGGUUCCAGUUCUAGACGGCAUCUGGGGUAUUCUGGAGUUUUGUUCACGAUGCAGCACUCUGUUCAACAUAAAAAAAUUAGGAGAGAGAGAGCGAGAGAGAGCGAGAGUGUGAGAAAUUUGAUCCAUUGUGCUUGGCUCGUGGGAUCCAUGGCUGCAUCUUAUCUGAGAGAAAAAUGUGUGGAUUUCAUUUGGCAUUCCAGGGGAACCAGCCCAAAUGAAGUUUGAGAUGGCGAGUGGAUGCGAGUGAGAAUGAGUGGCUACAUGUUGCAAAAAAAGCAAAACAUCUACAUCGAAUGCGUUGAGAGACAUGCCGACAUAACUGCUGUUAUUGGAGCUGUCGCCUUCGGAAAUCUACUUCAAACAUCAACAAAAAAACUCGAUGUCUGCCCAGGGAGAACCAAGGACAUCCAAAAAUACGAAAACAAGAGAUCUCGAAAUAUUACAAUACAACAAAAGGCAGAAAUGAAAAUAACUUAAAUUAUGAACUGAGAUGAACCACGAAACCAUCGCAAUUCUGCGGUCCUCCGACUAGAGAGGGCGCCACCAAUGUGCCCCUCCCCCAAUCGGCCACGCUAUCAGACAUGUGUGUGAAUGGACCCAUUGUGUAUGAAUGUCUGGACUCUCAGGAGCCAGGUUCAUCUCCUCCGAGACGCCCCGACAGGGCACCAUCCUCUCCCCCUGGUGGGCGGGGCCAGGAGUCUGGCUGUGCGUGUGUCGCAUGUGCAAGAGAGUGGACGGAUGAGUUGUUGUGUGCUUGGCUGCGUGCGUGACUGGGAGUAUGCGUGACUGGGUGAGAACGCAUGCAGAGACGGGAAAUAAAAAAAAUAAAAAUACAAAUACAACAUCUGGAGAGAGAGAGAAAAUUGCAACAAUGAGGUUAGCCAAGGUUUCAGGAAAAGAAAUUCUGCCUUCGAAAGAGAGGCUGAACCGCAAAUCCCUGAAAGGAAGAACUUUGGAUAUGAGAAAAAAAAAAUCAUCAUCGCAAGGAUAAUUUUUUUUUGUUUUGAAUUAUUGUUAAGUUAGUAUUAAUUGACACUGGACAAUGCUAUUGGCAGGUGUGGAGCAGCAGUGCAUUGUAUUAAGAUGCAUUCGGUGGCUUUUGGGCUUUUCUUUUUGCCUCCAGUGUGUUCCUUUUUAUGAUCUUUUUUUUUAAUUUUAAUUUUCAGCUUUUAGUUUCAUUGCUUCUGUAAAGGUGAUUGACGACGAUCGUACUCCACCAGAACCCUAACCUACGCACCAGACAUGGGCUUGAUGCUGUGAAAUUCUGACACCAUCACUAUAAUCAACCAAAUGACCUGUUCCCCUUGUGACACUUCAUUACUUUUCAUUCAAUUCACAGCAAACUCACUGCUUUGCAGUGUUGCUGCCAUAGCUUUGACUUAUCACCAAGGGAGAAGAGAGCAAUGGCUCACAUAGGAUUGUGAAUCAUAACAUUUGCAUGUACUAAACUAUAGCACAGUUAUUUUUUUUAGGGUAUUUUAGUUUCCUUAGGCUGUGGAUACAGUGUAAUUUUCAUUUUAAGUAAAACUGUGCUUAAAUGUUACAUGUUUACCCUUCCCUUAUCCCUCACUAGUGUCAGAUUUGCUAAAUAAUCUAUGGUUUUGCACAUAUACUGCAAAGUGAGGCCUGAAGUCUUUC